CGGCGGCCGCUGACCAGGCGGAGUGCAGCCUGAGCCCCAGCCCGGCUCCCGCUGCCGCUGAGCGGCUGCCGCCAUGUCGCUGCUGCAGUCCGCGCUCGACUUCCUGGCGGGCCCGGGCUCCCUGGGCGGAGCUGCCGGCCGCGACCAGAGCGACUUCGUGGGGCAGACGGUGGAGCUGGGCGAGCUGCGCCUGCGGGUGCGGCGGGUCCUGGCCGAGGGAGGAUUUGCAUUUGUAUACGAAGCUCAAGACCUGGGAAGUGGCAGAGAGUAUGCAUUGAAGAGGUUACUGUCCAACGAAGAGGAAAAGAACAGAGCCAUCAUUCAGGAAGUUUGCUUCUUGAAGAAACUUUCUGGCCACCCCAACAUCGUCCAGUUCUGCUCUGCAGCAUCCAUAGGAAAAGAGGAGUCGGACACUGGGCAGGCCGAGUUCCUCCUGCUCACGGAGCUCUGUAGAGGGCAGCUGGUGGAAUUUCUAAAGAGAGUUGAAUCUAAAGGCCCUCUGUCCUGUGACACCAUUCUGAAGAUCUUUUACCAGACGUGCAGAGCAGUGCAGCACAUGCACAGACAGAAGCCACCUGUCAUCCACAGAGACCUCAAGGUUGAGAACUUAUUGCUUAGCAACCAGGGGACCAUUAAGCUGUGUGACUUUGGCAGUGCCACAACCAUCUCGCAUUACCCUGACUACAGCUGGAGCGCCCAGAAGCGAGCAAUGGUGGAGGAGGAGAUCACGAGGAACACCACACCCAUGUACAGAACCCCAGAAAUCGUAGACCUGUACUCCAACUUCCCCAUCGGAGAGAAGCAGGACAUCUGGGCCCUGGGCUGCAUCCUGUACCUGCUGUGUUUCCGGCAGCACCCUUUUGAGGAUGGUGCAAAGCUUCGCAUAGUCAACGGGAAGUACUCCAUCCCCGGGGACGACUCUCAGUACACCAUCUUCCACAGCCUCAUUCGUGCCAUGCUGAGGGUCAACCCUGAGGAACGGCUGUCCAUCACAGAGGUGGUCCGCCAGCUACAGGAGAUGGCCGCAGCCAGGAAUCUGAACCCCAAGGCACCCAUCACAGAGCUGCUGGAGCAGAACGGAGGCUGUGGGAACCCAGGGCCAUCCCGAGUGCCACCCCCCGCCGGAGGCCCUGUGGGCAGUGGCUACAGUGGAGGCCUGGCACUGGCUGAGUACGACCAGCCUCACGGUGGGCUCCUGGACAUCCUGCGGGGUGGGACCGAGCGACUCUUCACUAACCUCAAGGACACCUCCUCCAAGGUCAUCCAGUCUGUUGCUAACUAUGCCAAGGGUGACCUGGACAUAUCCUACAUCACAUCUAGAAUUGCUGUGAUGUCCUUCCCAGCUGAAGGCGUGGAGUCAGCCAUCAAGAAUAACAUUGAGGACGUGCGGCUGUUCCUGGACGCCAAGCACCCAGGGCACUAUGCUGUCUACAACUUGUCCCCACGAACCUACCGGGCCUCCAAGUUCCACAACCGGGUCUCCGAGUGCGGCUGGGCAGCCAGGCGGGCCCCACACCUGCACAGCCUGUACACCACCUGCAGGAACAUGCACUCCUGGCUGCGGCAGGACCACAGGAACGUCUGUGUUGUGCACUGCAUGGAUGGGAAAGCUGCGUCCGCUGUGGCCGUGUGCGCCUUCCUGUGCUUCUGCCGUCUCUUCAGCACUGCAGAGGCCGCCGUGUACAUGUUCAGCAUGAAGCGCUGUCCGCCAGGCAUUUGGCCAUCUCACAAAAGGUACAUCGAGUACGUGUGUGACAUGGUGGCGGAGGAGCCCAUCACGCCGCACAGCAAGCCGAUGCUGGUGAAGGCUGUCAUCAUGACACCGGUGCCGCUGUUCAGCAAGCAGAGAAGCGGCUGCAGACCCUUCUGCGAGGUCUACGUGGGGGACGAGCGUGUGGCCACCACAUCCCAGGAGUAUGACAGGAUGCGGGAGUUCAGGAGCGAGGACGGCAAGGCGGUCAUCCCCCUGGGCACAACGGUGCAAGGGGACGUGCUCCUCAUCAUUUACCAUGCCAGGUCCACACUGGGGGGCCGGCUGCAGGCCAAGAUGGCCUCCAUGAAGAUGUUCCAGAUUCAGUUCCACACUGGCUUCGUGCCUCGGAACGCCACCACCGUGAAAUUUGCAAAGUACGACCUGGACGCAUGUGACAUCCAAGAGAAGUACCCAGACCUGUUCCAGGUGAGCCUGGAUGUUGAGGUGGAGCCCAAGGACAGGCCGAGCCGGGUGGCCCCGCCAUGGGACAGCACCAGCAUGAGGGGGCUGAACCCCAAGAUCCUGUUCUCCAGCCGGGAGGAGCAGCAGGACAUUCUGUCUAAGUUUGGGAAGCCGGAGCUCCCCAGGCAGCCGGGUUCCACGGCUCAGUACGAGGCCGAGGUGGGGUCUCCAGAGGCUGAGCCCUCAGAGUCGGACUCUCCACAGAGCAGCAGCACUGACGCCAGCCACUUCCUCCACACGCUGGACUGGCAGGAGGAGAAAGAAGCAGAAACUGGUGUGGAAAAUUCCUCUCCCAAGGAGAGUCCGUCUGCCCCAGUUGCAGAUGGAGAGGGGAGCGAAGCCUCGGAUGAAGAGCAGCAGACCUUCCCUGGUGAAGACACGCCUGGCCUCGCUGCAGGGACUGACCAGGGGGACUUGACACUGCAAGUGGGCUCCUUGGUGGCACCACAGGAGCCCCUGCCACAGGAGGAGGGUGUAGACCUCCUGGGGCUGCACUCGGAGGUGGACCCAGGGCCAGUGCCCCCCUCGCAGGCCCCCUCCAGCAAUGCAGACCUGCUCAGCCGCCUUCUUGGAGCGCCCAAUAGCACUCCAGAGGGGCCCCCGGACGACCUGCUCCUGGCCAGCCCAACCCCACCCCGGAACACGCAGAGCACCCUGCCAGGAGGGCCCCCUAGCCCUGCAGACCCAUUCGACCCGCUCCGGCCUCCAGCAGAAUCCAGCACGCAGCCCUGCACCGCGCCUGACCUGUUUGGCGAGCUCCUCGGCCCCGACUCCACAGCAGCAGCCGCCUCACCUGUCUUCCCUGCCACCCAUAGCGCCCCGCCCCCGUCCUGCAAUGCAGCCUUCCUGCACUUGGGGGGUCUUCCCGCAGAGCCCCGCAAGGUGACAGCCUCCUCCAGCCACCCCGAUCUGCUGGGGGGAUGGGAUGCCUGGGCCGAGGCUGCUGUGCCCACGCCAGCCCCCAUGUCAGCCGCAGAAGGCCCCCUUUUCUCUCCAGGAGGUCAGCCGACCCCACCUGGCCCGCAGCCCAGCCAGACCAAACCUCAGAGCCUGGACCCCUUCGCUGACCUAGGCGACCUCAGCUCCGGCCUCCAAGGGCCUCCUGCUGGCUUCCCUCCCGGUGGCUUUACUCCGAAGUCGGCCCCUUCUCCCAAAGGCAGCUCCUGGCAGAUGAACCGGCCACCAGCCCAGGGCACCUCGUGGCCUCCACAGGCCAAGCCACCCCCCAAAGCCUGUACGCAGUCGAGACCCCCCUACGCCACUAACUUCAGUGUGAUUGGAGGCCGAGAGGAGAGGGGCGUCCGCGCUCCCAGCUUUGCCCAGAAGCCCAAGGUCUCAGAGAACGACUUUGAAGAUCUGCUCUCCAAUCAGGGCUUCUCCUCCAAGUCCGACAGGAAGGGGCCAAAAACCAUGGCGGAGAUGAGGAAACAGGAGCUUGUUCGAGAUGCGGACCCACUCAAGUUGAAGCUCCUGGACUGGAUUGAAGGCAAAGAGAGGAACAUCCGUGCGCUACUAUCCACGCUGCAUACAGUGCUGUGGGACGGGGAGAGCCGCUGGACCCCUGUGAGCAUGGCCGACCUGGUGACCCCGGCGCAGGUGAAGAAGCAGUACCGCCGUGCAGUGCUGGUCGUGCACCCCGACAAGGCCACAGGGCAGCCGUAUGAGCAGCAUGCUAAGAUGAUCUUCAUGGAGCUCAAUGACGCCUGGUCCGAGUUUGAGAACCAGGGCUCCCGGCCCCUCUUCUGAGGCCCCCGUGGGGCAGCUGCAGGAGCGCCAAGGAGUCCCAGGGCAUGGGCCUGACCAGGAGGCGCGAGGCGGCCCAGGCGGUCGUCCCACUGUGUGCCUCCCCAGCCCCAGCAGAGGCUGCUCCCGGCACAGGAGAGAAGCAUUCCAAAGCCGUUCUAUGUUCUGUUCUCCUUUUCUGUCCCAGAGGAACAGUGUUGCCUGUGCCCUCCCACGUGUCGCGGUUUGUGGUUUAUUUGGUGUCUGCCCGUUGCCUGAGCGACGGCAUGGGCGCUGUUCUGCUGCCUGGGUCUGCAGUGCGCGCCCCUCUUUGUAACCUGUCUGAUGAUCGUCUGUACAUAUUAAACUUAUUUUCUGAUGACUGUCACAA